AUGGCGACCACAGGCAUGCAGCUGCUGGGCCUGGUCCUGUCCAUCGUGGGCUGGGUGGGGGGGUUUGUCGUGUGUGUCAUCCCUCUCUGGAGAGUCACUGCCUUCAUCGGAAACAACAUAGUGACGGCUCAGAUUACCUGGGAAGGUCUCUGGAUGAAUUGUAUAGUGCAGAGCACAGGGCAGAUCCAGUGUAAAGUGUAUGACAGUUUGUUAGCUCUGCCCAGUGACAUGCAGGCGGCCCGAGGACUCACCGUCCUCUCCCUCCUGAUGUGUACUCUGGCUCUGGCCAUGGGGGUUCUAGGGGUUAAGUGCACUAAGUGCAUUGGUAUUAACAGUGUGAAAGCCCGUAUCGCCCGUAUUUCUGGUGCACUCUUUGCUAUUGCAGGGUUCCUGUACCUUGUGCCUGUGUGCUGGACUGCUCACUCCAUCAUCAGGGAUUUCUAUGACCCACAUGUGGCAGCUCCACACAAGCGCGAGCUCGGUCCUGGUCUGUACAUUGGCUGGGGAGCAUCAUCCCUGCUCCUCAUUGGGGGCUCUCUGCUUUAUGCUGGAUCCAGCCCCCCAGGUAUCCCUGGCUCCCCCACCUUUAGCAGUGGAGACAGCAGUCCCCGUAGAACACCUGCCACACAGGUCAAAGGUUAUGUCUGA